GCCUUUUAGGUGACGGGGGGACUGUAACAUGAGUCGGGAUGAAAACUGUGCGCCGGAUCCGACUGCCAGUGCAGAUGCUUUUGGCCAAUGACAGAGAGGAGGUGCAUGAUGGAUCCCGUCCCACUGCUGCUCAUCAUACUCACCUCUUUGCCCCUGUGCUCGGCAGUCUACACCGGGCCCCUACAACCGGAGAUCACCAACGGCACUUUCCAUCACUUCUUUGUCCCGGAUGGGGAUUACGAGGAGACAGAAGACCCGGAGAAGUGCCAGAUGCUGUUUAAAUUCUCCGACGUGUAUCCAUGUGGGGCCACGGAGGAUGAGGACUCUGUGGUGCGGGAGGACUUUGUUAUCACCAAGCUGCAGGCGGAGGACACGGCGCGCCUUUUGGAGAGCAUCGGCCGGACCGUGGCGCACGACCUGGACGGAGAGGACAGCUACGGGAAGUUCCUCCAGAGGGAAAUCUCCCAGAUCAGUGAGGCUUUUUCAAGCGUGGACAAAUCUCUGCUGGAGUUGGAGGUGAAGUUUAAGCAAAGUCAGGAAACUGAACUGAGAGAGGAGCAACAGCUGAACGGUUAUGUGGUCAAACAAGUGAGUGAUAUUAGGGACACGCUGAGGGAAACCACGGACAUCUCUGUGGGACUUAAAGAUAAGCAUGAGCUGCUGUCUCUCAUCAUCCGCAGUCAUGGCACCAGACUGAGCCGCCUGAAAACGGAGUAUCUGAAUGUGGGAUCCUAGUGGAGUUAUGGAUGUAUGUGUGAGACUGACCGGACCAUCCAGUUCAACAAACCACUGAAAGUUCAUUGUGGCUUACAAAUAUCCUCCCUAAGUAUCUUGAAUAUAUUAGACCUUUGGUUAUCCUCUUUCCUUGGAUCUGUUUGACUAAAGGGAGCUCUAGCAGAAACAUCAACACAUUCCUCUGAGUCAGAAGGGGAAAAAGAAAUGUGAACAUAAAUUAUGUCUGCAUGGAGCCCUCUGUCUGUGCCACCUCAGAGGAAAUGUUUUAUAAAAGCAAAAACUGGAUUUAUUGCUUUGUAAAUCAGUGAAACUGCCAUCUUCCUGUUAAAGUAUGUUUUAAAUUAUGUAUGUUUAUAGUUGCAGGUCAUUAAAUAAAUCUUGGAUAUUCA